AUAAAGCAUCCGUGAUCCGACAAAUCCUCUAUGCUCCGAGCUGGAAAACCUUCCGACUGUCUUCCUUUCAUACAGCUGUGCCAGUGUCUCUCCGCUGCAGUCGAGCAAAGCCAGGGUUCUGCUGAAAUCCUCGCAGGAUCUGGAUGCAGACAAUCUGGCAGGCGUGGUCGUGGGCCGGUCCAGCCUGCCAUAAACGUCAAAAACAGAGGGAUGCGGAGGGCUAGGAAAACACAGACCCACAUCAACACCGUUCACACUGGAAAAACGAGCCUGAUUAUCGAUCGCUAGGUUUUGACACAUUGCAUUGCAUUGCAGAUUCACAGGGCGUCUGUGCGCGCAAAGGACAAAGAGGAGAGGAUGUUGUAAGCCGUAUCGCCUGGUCCUGCUUUGCCUAUCCUUUCCUUUCUCUGUUUUCUUUCUCUCCCCUUCUCCUCUGUCCCACGCUGGGAAGAAGAAGAUGAGUAGAAGUCCCACUCCUAAAGGGACUCCGGUCCAGCACAGUCCUGUAGACGGAGAGUGUCUGGAGGGAGAAAUGAUCCAGUCUCCGCAGCAGUCCACGCCAUCCAGCGGCCUCAAGAAACGAGUUUCCAGUCUCCUGCAAAGCCCUUCCUUCAGAGAGGAGCUGGAUGUGUUGAUUCAGGAGCAGAUGAAUAAAGGAGGAAGCUCCUCUAAUCUGUGGGCUCUUAGACAGAUCGCAGACUUCAUGGCCACUCACGGAUCCCCGGCCUCGCUGCCCGUCUCUCAGUCCAGUAUUUAUAUGCGUGUUAGUAAAGAACAGGAACAUUUCCUCGUGCUGCCGGAUGGUUUGGCCUACGGCGAGGGGACCGCCUCCAAUCUGGUGAAGGUGAAUAUUCUGGGGGAGGUUGUGGAGAAAGGCAGCACUGCUCUGGGAGUGGAUCUGUCUGCGUUUGGUCUGCAUUCUGCCGUAUAUUCAGCUCGACCGGACAUCCGCUGCCUUCUGCACCUCCACACUCCAGCCACGGCUGCGGUAUCAGCCAUGAAAUGUGGCCUUCUGCCGCUAUCCCAUGAGGCUUUGCUGGUGGGCGAUGUAGCUUAUUAUGACUAUAAUGGAGUGAUGGAGGAAGAAGAGGACAGAGUGGAGCUCCAGAAGAGCCUCGGCCCGACAUGCAAGGUGCUGGUGUUGAGGAACCAUGGCAUCGUGGCACUGGGAGAGUCAGUGGAGGAGGCCUUUUACACAAUCUAUCACAUCCAGACCGCCUGUCAAAUACAGGUGGCAGCACUGUGCAGCGCUGGAGGAGAACAGAACCUGAUCAUGCUGGACCGCAGCGUUCACCGGCCCGUCGCCACAGGCACUGUGGGUUGGGCCGGAUCCACCUUCGGCCCCAUGCACAAGAGCAGGCUGGGAGAACAUGAGUUCGAAGCAUUGAUGAGGACGCUGGACAAUCUGGGUUACCGUACAGGUUAUGCCUACCGUUUCCCAGUGAUGCUGGAGCGCUCCAGAACCAGGAGAGAGGUGGAGGUUCCUGCCACCGUCACCUCAUUUUCCUUUCAUGAUGAUGGAUUUCAGCCUCACCCUCGUCUCCAUCCUCACGCCCAGAGACAGCAGCAGAAGACCAGAUGGCUAAACACCCCAAACGUCUAUCAGAAAGUCAGCCAGGACCAGGUCAGUCCGGGACAUCGGACUACAUGGCAGAAGGCCGAGGAAAUCAUGCAGGGCAGUGGACGGGCCAUUAAGAUAGAGAAUCCAAACCAGUUUGUCCCUCUGUUCACCAACCCACAGGAGGUGCUUGAGACUAGAAAUAAGAUACGGGAGCAGAAUCGUCAGGACAUGAAAACAGCCGGACCUCGGUCUCAGGUGUUAGCCAGCGUCAUCACAGACAACAGUCCACCGACUCCAGAAGCUGUGGGGCCUCCAUCCGCUCCGGAGCCGGAGACUCCGAACCCCUUCAACAAACUGACGGAUCAGGAGCUGGAGGAGUACCGCAAGGAGGUGCAGCACAAGCAGGACGGUGUGGAGGAGGUAGUGAAUGACACGGGGGCCUCCCCCAGAAAGACCCCACCGUCAGAAGCGGUGCAGAACGAUAAAGGCGAUGAAAAGAAACAGCAGGAGGAGCUAGAAAAACAAAUGAAGGCACUAUCCACCACUGACACGUCGGGAACCACGCCCUCGGCCCCGCCCCCGACUCCGCCCACUGCCCCGCCCAACAAACCCGCAGGCCACACCCCAGAGGGCUCGCCUUCCAAAUCUCCAUCCAAGAAAAAAAAGAAGUUCAAAGCUCCCUGUUUUCUAAAGAAAAGCAAGAAGCAAAAAGAGAAAGCAGAAUCUUGAACUCUUACAGACAAGUGUUCGUCACACACACAAACACAUCUCCACAUCCAGUCAGACUCACUGUGUGUCCAUUUACUGACCUUUACAUGCCAUACGAGUUGUGUACGCGAUGCAAAUUUCACAAUGCUUCACUGAUGCACAUUGAAUAUGUGACCCUUCCCUUGCUUUAAAAUGAAUUGCACUGAGUACAUGCGUAGAAAAAAGAAUGUGGCACUGAGUAAGCAUUGAUUGUUCAUGUCUAUCGAUUCUGAUUGUUGCUCAUUAUCAGGUUUAUAGAACUACAUGUGGCAUUUUUUUAAACUAUCAUAAACAUCUCCAUCUCACUGUGUUGUGAAUAGCAGGGAUGAACUAAAUGAACAUGCACUGGAAAUCAUGAUUGCGAUGGCUUGCAAAUAAUAAACAUCAACAAGCCAAAAUAAGCAAGAUCAUGGCUUGACGCUGCAAAGAAAAUCCAACUUUAAAUGCACGACUUGUUUUUCUUCUUAUAUUGUUAUUAUUUAUUAUCUUUUUUAUGUAUGUGUGCUUUGCAGUUGGGAUUAUUUUUAUGAUCAUUCACGGUUAUUUAAAUGCUUUUGUGUGUAUAUUUGCUGGUUUAUAAACUUGGUUCCAUGUCAAUAUUAGAAUGUAAAAUGCUAGGAUCGGAUGUACCAUUCAUUAAA